CAUAUGACUGCUCAUCUGGGCGUAGUGAGCGCAGUUAAAUCACCUCUUCCAGCUCCAAAAACAAUAACUCGUGCAUUUUGGAGCACUCCGAAACAGUCAAAAGUAUUAAUCGUACAAAUUGAAUCAUCAUGAAAGUCUGUGGCCCCAAGUACGCCCUGUGCGGUCUUAUCAUCUCUGCCUGGGGCAUCGUUCAAUUACUCCUCAUGGGCAUCUUCUUCUUCUUCAGGAGUGUAGCUCUCAUCGAGGAUCUUCCGCUGGAAGGAAAAACAUUCGACGGUCCAGACGCUUUCUACUUUGAAGCUGAAAGAUGUUACACUCAGAACGCCAUGAAUUGCUGGAUUGCUGCCUGCAUUUACGUAUUAACAUUCUUAUUCUCUGGUCAUCAGUUUUAUGUCAAUUCAAGAACGUCACUCAGUGUUUAAAUUAAGAUUUUUUAGGUUUAUUGUUAUAUCACUCUCGAGAUUUGCGGUGAAUGCCGUCAUCUAACGUUCGAUGAGAAGAUGAGGGAGUUAAAACAGAAAAUGUUAUUGUCAACAAGUUAAAUUCAUUUGACUCAUCUUCACGCGUUCGAUGAUGGCGUUGAGUGAGUCGAUUUUAUUGUGUAUAAAUGACACUGAAUGAGAAAGAUAAUUAUGAUUUGUAAAAUAUUUAAAUUCCCAUGCCCUGCAUCGUAAGUCUCACCUCAACUGCAAUUCCGUUAGAAAAAUGUUCAAUUAAAUUGGGAAAAAUGGAGACAUUCCAUACACAACUCGUGGUUAAUUCGUCUAAUGUUCUUCUUUUGUAUUGUUAAGUGAUUGUUCUGAAAUGUUACCGAAAUUAUUGAGCGGAUUUGUGUAAUCAGAAAUGGAAGUCUAGAUAAAUAUCAUGAAAACCUGUAUAUUGAUAAAUAUAGUCCAUAUUAUAUUA